AGUAAACAGGAAGUGCACCACUAGUCCCGCCUUCUAAACAUUCCUAGGACGCACUGGCACUUCUGCGUGACUAAUAAUUAUUCGUCAAUAUUCCAAGUAGGUGGAGAAGGGGACUUUGGAUUCGCCAACAUGUCGAGCAAAAGGGCCAAGGGCAAGAACACAAAGAAGCGCCCUCAACGGGCCACCUCCAACGUGUUUGCUAUGUUUGAUCAGUCCCAGAUCCAGGAGUUUAAGGAGGCCUUCAACAUGAUCGACCAAAACAGGGAUGGCUUCAUCGACAAGGAGGACCUGCACGACAUGUUGGCCUCUCUAGGUAAAAACCCCACUGACAACUACCUGGAGGCCAUGAUGAACGAAGCUCCGGGUCCCAUCAACUUCACCAUGUUCCUCACCAUGUUCGGGGAGAAGCUGAACGGCACCGACCCCGAGGACGUCAUCCGUAAUGCCUUCGCCUGCUUUGACGAGGAAGGCACCGGUAUGAUCCAGGAGGAACAGCUGCGUGAGCUGCUGACUACCAUGGGCGACAGGUUCACGGACGAGGAAGUGGACGAGCUCUUCCGGGAGGCGCCCAUCGACAAGAAGGGCAGCUUCAACUAUGUGGCGUUCACGCGUAUCCUCAAACACGGUGCCAAGGACAAGGACGAUUAGCCGCCGACUCGACCCAACCAACAAGUGGAGGAGUUCUCCGUUCUGUGUUUUGUAUAGCCCACUGGAAGGUUGUCAUGUAGCGGCUUCCUGCUCAUUUGCACAUCACUAAGACGCUGACCAAACUUGAACAUGAUGUCAUGCACAUGUCACAAACGGCACAUUACUGUGACUGAUUAUUGUUAUCGAUCGAUCACCCCUUGAUGCAAAAGGCCGGAUUUUUACUUAAUGCAGCAGGAAUAUUUCAACUCAUACAAGAGUAAAAAAAAUACGUUAACUGCUGCUUCUGAGCAUUUGGAUAUUUUAAUCAAAAACACGCCAUUUUCUGUUGAGUACCACACACGCUGUAAAGAAACUGAUGAAAAUCGUGAAGCACACUACAAUCCAAAACGCUAAAGGACAGAGCACGCUUCAGUGGCGCUUUGAGAUACGAGUGACAUUUGUUCCAUGGCUAUGCUCAGGACUCAAAUCAUCUUUCUCCAAUGAAACGAAUGGAAAUGCUAUAAAUCCAUCCCUAUGCUAUCUUACAGCAUUCAUAUCUCAAAAAGUGCGCUCAAGUUUAAAAAAAAAAUAAUAAAUCCAAAUGACUGUUCAUAUUUAGAACAACUUGUUCGUCGGGUCACUCGUGUCUCAAGGCACCACUGUUGUAAUAAAUAGAACGGAGACUACAGAGGUGCUCUUUGUACACAGCACAGUAGUUGCUCACAGAGCAAGAACAAAAAUAUGAAUAUGUCUUCAGUCCGCUAGGGCCAGAUUUUUAGACUGGAUCUUUGUCAGGUGGUCUGAUAUGCAAGCCUCCAUCUUGUCACACUGGGCCAAGAAAUCCUGAUGUGAGGACAUCUUGUGUGAAACACUGGGAGAUUUUUUUCUGUUGUCUUAACGGAGGAAAUGAAGUCGAGCACUCACCUGCACCAUCUUCACAAGGCCCUUUUUCUUCUGCCGGCAGUCGUUGAAGUUUUCCGGGAUGCUCUGAUGGCAAAUAAAACAGGUUUUUCACUUGGUUAAUAUUGAGUUGUUAGCAAGAAUUUAAGUUACGAUCGCUAGCUAUGCUGUUGGCUUACUAAAAAACAUAUUACAAAAACUUUGGUGCACUUUUGCAUUCAUUUUGGGGAAAGAUGAUUUGAGAUUCCAAAUGUGUUCAGUUGGGAAUGUGCUCGAAUUAAAACUCAUAAGUCAAGGAAA